AUGGCUAUCAAAUUACCUGAGAUGAGGCUACCAACGUUUGAUGGAACAAUCGAAAAUUGGGGUAACGAGGAUUUGACCCCGGUUCAAAAAUUACAAUACCUGCGGUCAACCCUAACUGGCAAGGCCGCGAUUUGUAUUGGAGCCUUAACUACGACUGACGCGAAUUGCACGGACGCUAUCGACAGUUUAAAAGAGAAGUUUGAUUGCCCACGUCGUAUAAUCCUUAGUCACUGCGAUGCGUUACGGAAUAUCCCGAAGUUACUGAAAGAUACUCCAGAAGCAUUAGCUAAUUUGGUGGACACCGUAAAUCAACAUCUUCGGGCACUCAAAAAUUUGGGCGGCAUCGUGGAACAGCAUCUUGCUCUCCAUAAUCAUUUCGAAAUUAAACGCGGAUACGAAAGACGGGCAAACUGCACAGUUCCUUCCUCUUCAAAAUCUGUGACUUCAACUGGACAACAGGAAACUCGACUUUACGGCCAUAACAAAUCUGUUAAUAAACAUCGAUCAUCGCGAGGGCAAGUACUCGUAACGACGAAACAACACAAGAAUCAUCCUUAUGAACGAGCAUCGACGACCCGGGCUCAACAUACAGAUUUUCAAUGUCCAGUAUGUAAGAAGGAUCACUUGAUCUGGAGCUGUCAACAAUUUAAUGAACUAUCUGUUAACGAUAGAAAAGCUAUUGUUGUAAAAGCUGGACUCUGUUUCAACUGUUUGCGAAGAGGACAUGGAUCUAUUUCAUGCACUAGAAGGACUUGCCGAAUAUGUCAGGGAAAGCACCAUACACUCUUACAUUACAGAUCACCUUUGACGAAUUCAUCAACUCAGACAUUAGCAACUUCUCGUCAACCAAUGAAUAGUCAAGAAACAAGUUGA